GAUAAGGGUGCCACGAUUAUAGUCAAACGUGAACAAGCGCUGCCCGUGGCCUCUCUUCCACUUCCCCAGCCGCCUAGCCUCCUGGCCCGCAAGCUGCUGUCCCCAGGCCAGGGCAGAAACGCAGGCCAGGCCGCGCGGCCGCCUCCCCAGUGUCUAAGACUUGAGAUUCUUCUCCGGGGCAGAGAAGCCCACCCGUCGGGAACCGGCCCGCCGCCGGCCAGGUGGGCGAAGAGGCGCACAGUCUCCUGCCUACCGGCCGGGUCUCGCCAGGGAACACUCGGUUCCGGCCCAGCGCCAGCGCCAACGGGCGCCGUCGCCGACCUCCGCCGCCCCGGCGGGACUGACCUGGCGUGACCCCGCGCGCCCGCGUCCCGCCCGGUGUCAGGCCCAUGUGCCCGCUGCUGCGCCCGCCGCUGCGCCCGCUGCUGCGCCCGCUGCCCGCGCCCCGCUGCCCGCGCCGCGCGCUGCCCGCUGCCAUGGCCGCGGCCCUCAAGUCGGUGGACUACGAGGUGCACGGGAUCGUGCAGGGUGUUUGCUUCAGAAGGUACACGGAAGAGGAGGCCAACAGAGCCGGCGUGGUGGGCUGGGUCAUGAACACCAGCCGGGGCACCGUCACGGGCCAGCUGCAAGGUCCUGAGGAGAAGGUCGACAACAUUGAGCACUGUGAGAGCACUGCUUUGAAAUCUUCAGGAAGACGUGGCUGAGCAAAGUUGGCAGUCCUAGUUCUCGCAUUGACCGUGCAAACUUUACUAAUGAAAAAAAUAUCACCAAACUUGAUUACUCUAAUUUUAGUAUUCGAUACUAAGAGAAAUAAUCAUUGUGCUGCUUGACUACACAAUUGGCAUUACAUACAAUUUAACAUAUAUAUAUAUGAUAAGUUAGUAUAUACUAUAAUCUUAGCAGAAUAGGGAAAAUAAAGACAUUUUAUGUUCUGAAAACUACAUUAUAUUACUAAAAAUAUCAGAAAGAAUCUUAUUCAAGCAAAAAUUAUUUAAAAACUAAAGUGUCAUUACAAAGUAUUUAAUUAAAUAUGUCUUGUAGAACCUUUAAUUCUAAUGAAUAUUAUAACAUUAUUUGACUAGAUAUGAAAUAAAGUUAAUUUAAAAAAUUA